AAGUUGCAUCGAACGGAGAGUGGCGACGGUGGCGACAGCAACGACCGCCAUUUUGUUGGCUCGUUGUGGUGAGCGGAUGGUGAAUAAGAGGCGAGAAAUCGGCGAAAUACAUUUUCUGCAUAGCUGCGUUGUUGUUGCGUACCACGCGUUUGUGCUUCUUCUUCUUCUCCAUUUUCGUGUUUCUUUCUUUUCUCUCGUUUCCUCUAUUGAGUUCCCGUGCAGCAAGCAGCGUUGAUGAUUGGGAUUCCGCGGGACGAUCGACACAAAAUCACGGUCAAGAUCCGCAACAACAUGAAGAGGAGCUCGAGUCGCGACACUCCACCUCCUCGUGUCAAGCGGAGCCGCUCCUCGAUGGGACGAUACGAUGAUUCCAGUGAUGAACGCAUCACCCCGGAAAGGAUUCGGCGACGAAGUCGAGGCGCAAGGAGUCCCAGUCCACCCACACGAGCGUCCUCGCACGCUCGCUAUGUGGAAUCCGCCUCACAUCGCGAUGAGUAUCUACGUGCGCCGCGUGAUCUACCGCGGGAGCGGCCCUAUAGCUACAAGGUUCUCUGCGUCAGUUCCAUCCAUCCAAAAGCCAGUGACGAGGUGAUCAAGGACACUUUAUACAGAGAGUAUAAGAAGUUUGGCGAGUUUUCCAUACAGAUUUCGCAUGAGCCGGACGAGCGUGUCGCUUAUGUGUGCUUCCGCAGCUCGGAGGAUGCUCGUGAUGCAAAGCACGCAAAACCUCGAAUUAUCAUGUACGACAAGAUGGCUAUGGUGGAACCGAUGUACGAUAGACCAGAGACUUAUCGUCGUCCUCGGUCUAUAACUCCGCCGGACUAUGCUGAGAGGUACUAUGCCCGAUCGCCAGGGCCGACGGAUCGACACAGACCACUGGAAAGAUACGAUCGUGUUUAUGGGCCACCGGUCGGUAUGCCACCGCAUCGCGAGAUGCGUCGCGAGACCAUUCCACCACCGCAUCACGAAUUCGUGAGACCGCCGAUACAUCCUCACGGACCGCCACAUGUGCAUCCAGGACCUCCUCAUCACUAUGGACCGCCGCGGCAUAUGAUGAUACGCCAUCCAGCGCAUGGAUUCGAACGCGUCGAGAACAAAAAAGACAAGUUUCCCAAUUAUCUGCAUCAUGUAUCGCCUGAGGAUGAUCCGCUUGCGACCAGAACGCUGUUUGCUGGGAAUCUCGAGAUCAACAUUACGGAGGAAGAACUACGCCGUAUCUUCAGCAAGUACGGCAUCGUUGAUGAUAUUGAUAUAAAGCGUCCGCCUCCCGGCACCGGCAAUGCGUACGCAUUUGUGCGUUUUCAGACUCUGGACAUGGCGCAUCGAUGCAAGGUCGAAUUGUCCGGUCAAUAUAUCGGCAAGUUUCAGUGUAAGAUUGGCUAUGGUAAAGCAACUCCUACUACUCGCAUUUGGGUGGGUGGCUUGGGACCAUGGACGUCCGUACCGCAGCUAGAGCGAGAGUUCGAUCGAUUCGGUGCAAUAAAGAAGAUCGACUAUAUCAAAGGAGACAGUAAUGCUUAUAUACUUUACGAUUCGAUAGAUGCCGCACAGGCUGCUGUCAAAGAGAUGCGUGGCUUUCCGUUAGGUGGGCCGGAUCGAAGAUUGAGAGUAGAUUUCGCUGAUGUUACGUCGGGCUUUGGUUUUAAGCCUAGACCUUAUACUGAAGAGAGCAGUGACUUUCGACCACGCCCAGUCGACUACGAGUCACCGUACGAUCCUUACGGACCUGAAGGCGAGUUUAGUUAUGGACCAAGAGGCUUCCGUGGCAGAGGUUCUGCACCAUGGCACGAUAGGAGAGGGAGCGCACGAGGUGGUUACAGAGGUAGCUAUCCAGAGGGGUACAUGCGCGAUGAAGCAGACUGGCCCAGCAGAAGACCGCCGCCAGAAUUGGAAUAUGAGACACCACGAGGACUGCGAAGAUCACUCUCACGCGAACCGGGUGUUGAUCGAUCGAGGUCGCGUUCACCACGCAGACGGCAGAUGGACUCGGACUCAGAUUCGGAGAACACUCGCACCGGCAUGCUGUCGACGUCUCGCACGUUGCCGGAUGUUGCGCGCAAGUCUCUCGCGGUGUGGCAAGGCGCGUUGAUACUGAAAAAUUCAUUGUUUCCAGCCAAAUUCCACUUGACUGACGGUGAAACGGAGAUAAUCGAUUCACUUAUGAAGGAUGAGGAGGGCAAACACAUGUUGCGAAUAACGCAACGAUUACGUCUUGAUCAGCCCAAGCUGGAUGAUGUAUCCAAACGUAUUCAGACGUCGAGCUCACAUGCCAUUUUUCUCGGCUUGGCUGGUUCGAGCACCGCGAUCACAAACGAUGAUGCCAACGUACAGACACGUCCCCUGCGCAACCUUGUUUCUUAUUUGAAGCAGAAGGAAGCGGCUGGUGUGAUUUCUUUAUUAAACAAGGAUACGGAGGGUACCGGUGUGCUGUAUGCUUUUCCGCCUUGCGCGUUCUCAACGGAACUUCUCAAACGCACGUGUCCUAGUUUAAGCGAGGAGAGUUUGAAAGAGGAUCACUUGGUAAUUGUAGUGGUAAAGGGAGGUAGCGCCUAAUUUUUAGCAUCUCAGCUCGUGUCUAUGUUUUCUAUGUCCUAAGUGCGACACGGUUCUUCGAGUAUACCCGUAAAAUGCGUGACUGCUAAAAAGUGUACAGAAUUUUGUGCGAUGGAGAACUUGUGUUUUUUGAUCGAUGUAAGUAUUUCAGCUUUUUGACUGGCUUCCAGAUACGUCGAAUUUAAUUUUCUACGAUCGUAGGCUAGAUCGUGUGUAAUAAUAUUUGAUUAUUUUUUUUUUUUAUUACAUGUGUACAUUGUAUCUACACACAGGGAUGUUGGGAAGUCUACUGUAUUUCAAGCAUGUGAUAAAAAUUUGUGACGUUUGGCUCCGCGAUCUGAAGUUUCUUCGUGUACUUUUGUAGUUGUGAGUUUUUACGCGCAUUAUCACAUGGACUCGAUUUUUGUAUAAUUAAGCUUAACGAUAGAUGUGAUUUAAAAAUAUAAAAGAGAGAUAGAUAGAUAUACAUAUGUAUGAUAUUUUAUACGCAUACAAUAAUUUUGAUUAUUUACGAUAUACUUUUCCAGAAUGAUGACUGCUCUAUAAAUGCACAUCAUUGGCAUUUGGCAUUGUUGCUAAUGCUAAGAGAUUAGAGUACUUAUUUUCUAUCAAAAAACACAACUUUGGUACAGACUGCCCAUUGUUCUAAAUAAACGUUUAUCAAGUAGUGGUGAAUAUCAGUGAUAAAGUUUCUAUCAGCGAGAUCUUUAUUAACCAUAUUGAAUUUUAAUUAUAAAUAUUAUCAUCUUUAUUAUCACAAGUGUUGCUAUGUCUACUCUGAAAUAUAGUAUAAGAUCUUAUUUGUAUUAUAUACAUAUAGACAUACAUACAUACACAUACAUGCAUACAUAUAUUAUACUUCUAUAAUUGUACGUAUAUAUGAUAGCGCUAUUGUGCACAGUUCUUUCACAUUUGCAGACAUGUUAUAUAAUUGACAUGAUAUAUUAUUAUAAUUAAGAUAAUUAAAAAUUUUUGGUAAAUACAAUAUGAAUACUGAAACACGUGUGCGCACAUAAAAAUAAUUAGAUACGCAAUGAGUCCUAAAAUAAUGAAGAUAAAAAAAAUUUUUUUAAUUGUAGUUUUUAAUCAUAUUAUCAUACAUCUUAGAUAAUAUGUUAAAUCUAUAAUAUAUCAGUCUUAGAUUUGCAUUGACGAAGUUAUAUGCUAAAAUUAAUGUUCUUAAAUUAUACUUUGCAAGAAAAAAAAUUACAAAUUAAUAUUAAUGUAUAUUAUACAUUAAUAUAUAACUAUAAUAUGAAAACACACAGAUGUGUCACAAAGAAUACCAUAGAUUUCAUAAAAAAUUAAUUACAGUAAAAAAUGUGAAAGGUCUGGUUUAAGGAAUAUAUCUAAUAUCGAAAAUUUGUAUGACUAACGGUUUCACUUAUUUCUAUAGAUUUCUCUUGUGUGGCAUAACAUUUAAGUGAUGUGCAGUAAAUAAUCCGUGAGAUAGUUUUCAAGGUUUCUAAAGUUUUGGACUGUGCCGAGGAGUGCCAACAGUGAGGGAAAGAUUGGACCAAAUUUAUAAAAGCAAGAGACAGAAAUUUGUUUACUGUAAAACAAAAUCGACCAAAUCUGUGUUUCAAUCAUUUCAACAGCAGUUCUGCUCCUUCUAAGUGAGGACUGAUUUUUUUAAAGGACAGUGUUUGGUGGCAUUCAAAUUCAGCUUUGAACAUGUGUACAGUGAAAUGUAAAGAAAAAGUAAAGUGAUUGUGUUCCACAUUCCAGUAUGGCGAGCAUUUUUCGCACACAUGUCUGGAAUGUACAUAUAUUUAUAUAUUCAUUCCAGAAAUGGAAGGAGAAAGGGACUCUGCUGUACUUGAAUGUGAUUGAAGGUGCAGUGGUUAAGUAUACUUAGUGUUUGAACGGAAAAAUAGAUGCAGUUUAUG